UGUCCGUGGCUGUGAACCAUGUCCCGCCGCUGCCGUGCCCUUUUAAUCCUCGUCUUUUCACCUCCUUCGCCUUCUUCUGCUCGUUCCCGUCGCCCACCGAUCCAGCCGCUCGUCUGUCUGUCGACACUUCCCCCCCCCUCCAGACCCAGCUCUUCCCAGCCCCGCCCCAUACACAAACCUCUACUGGCUCCGUCCCACACUAGCUCGCCCAGAAUGAAGCUGCUGCAUUUUGCUGCCCUGCUCGUUGCUUGUCUGAGCCUGGUCUGCGCCGCCCCGUCGGCCUCCAGCGACCUCUCCAAGCGCUCUGACUCGUUCAACCUGGCCUUCGGCAGCCGGUUCGGCAACCCCCAGGGCGUCUCCUUUGCCUCUCCCCCUGGCAACUCCGUCCCGUACCAUCAGCCCACCAACUUGAACGCCGUUUCCUCCGCCGAUAGCACCAUCUUCAGCAACACCACCACCAGCGCCAUCACCCACCCCGUCUCGACCUUCGAGUCCCUCAACAUCCAGAGCGGUAUCCUGGCUGCUCUCCUGAUUGCCUCUGGUGUCGUCCUGGUCUUUUUCGGCCACCGAGUCUUCCCUAUCAUCCUGGCCAUCAGUGGCUUCUACACCGGUGUCGUCGUUGCCCUGCUUAUCCUCACCGGAAUUGAGAUGAACAACCCCACCAUCUACGGUACCCACCGCGACAUCAUCUUCCUGAUCGUUUGCGCCAUCUCGGGUAUCAUCUUUGCCCUCCUCUUCCGCUGCGUCAUCAAGCUCGGCUUGUUUGCCGUCGGCGCCCUGCUCGGCCUCGUCCUCGCCAUGAUCGUCAUCACCCUGCUUCCCCAGAGCAUCACCCCCAACGAGCUCUGGAACAAGAUCAUCCUCGGUGUGUCAAUGCUCGUCUUUGGCAUUGCUGCCCUCUUUGCCGAGAAGCCUGUCUUUAUCCUGGCCACGUCCUUUGCCGGCGCCUACGCCGUCGCCUUCGGUGUUGAUGUCUUUGCCCGCACCGGCUUCAAGGAGACCACGAUUGCCUUCUUCAACGGCGGUGGCUUCCCUCCCUCGACCGCGGCCGUCUACGGCUUCCUUGCCGGCACCGUCGUCCUGGGCCUGGUUGGCACCUUCAUCCAGUUCUCGCAGCGCGACCGACACGGUUACCACCGAUUCCGUGGCGACAACGAGAAGAACUAGACGGAGACAGCAGCUGGCUUCGGCACACUCCUCCCUCUACACAUCACCCUCGCUCGAUAGCGCCGUUUGUGGGCGGGGGCUUCACUCCACCCAAAUUUUCCCAUUGACAUUGCCCGCAAGCCUUGUGUUGUGAUCUUUUGAUGUUCGCAACUUCCCCGCCUCCUCCUUUUGUACUUUGAUUUGUUCUUUCCCCACACGCACCGUGACACUUGUCCAUCAUUCAGUUUUGAUCGCUUCACAUGCUCCGCCACGCUUGCCAGAUCGUUGGCGUGUGUGUCUUCCCAGACGACAUUGCGGGGGCGCCAUUGUGUAAUAUUAAGCCGGACAUUGACCUGGACGGCGUUGACGAGUGUUAUGUGGGUUGCCAAACGGGCUAUCAUCGAGAGGCGCGGCUCGCUGGUGGCGUCGACUGGCCUGGAUCUGAAUCUGGAAUCUGAAUCUGGCCUGAAUCUGGCCUGAAUCUGGCCUGAAUCUGGCC